AUGAGCGAGAGCGAGACGGAGACGGCGACGGCGUCGUCGCGUGAACGAGAUUGGUCGUCUCUUCCGGCGGACAUACUGGUGGAGAUUCUGGAGUAUUUGCGGUGGUCGAGCCACCCGAGUUUCGGCUUGGUGUGCCGAAGAUGGCAAUCUGCACGCGCUCUAUCGCCCUUCUACCCGGCGUGGAUCACUCCUCUCCUCCUCAAUGUCGCCGAUGUGGGCAGCAGCAACGUGCGGUACUACAGCCCCUUUUACCACAAGAAUUUCGAGAUCGCCUACAAGCUGAACACGCCAGGCGCCAUGAUCUGUUGCGCCACCGGACAACACUUGACGCUAUGCAUGAAGAACCUGGUCCUCACGGCACAACUCCUGACAGGCGACGUCUGCAAGUUGCCACCGAUCAUACGUGGAAGGUUCGACGCGGUCGUUUAUGACGGCAAUCGUAGGAUGUUUGGUGUCGAGAAGUCGUUCGGUAUGCUGCGGAUUGCCCGUUGCAUCAAAAACAAUAUGGGCGAGUGGGCGGAAUGGGAAUACAGGUGGUUUGAUCCAGACGGUCCAAUGUUUCCCCCGUCGCCAGAUUGUAACCCAGUUCUCCACAACGGCUUGAUGUACCUAUUGGGAGAAGACGGAGGGCUAGCAGUCUAUGAUGUGAGUAGGCAUGAUGGAAAUUUUGAAAUCCUGGACAAGCCCAACAGCUUUGGAUUCGAAUGCGAAGACAGCUACUUGGUUGAGUCGGACCAACACGAGCUCAUGGCUGUCCUUUUUGGGCACCGUGGGACGCCGGUAAAUGUUGUCAAGCUCAAUGAGCAUACAAUGGAGUGGGAGAAGAUAGAAAACCUAGAGGGGAGAUCCCUAUUCACCGGAACGUUGUCGACGACAAUGAAGGAGACUAACAUCAAGUGGAUGCAGAACAAGAUAUUUCUCCCUAGGUUCUAUGAUUGGCCUCAGACCGUCCUCGUUGACCUUGUACAACGAGACGGUGAAUUGGCCUUCGUGCCAAAUUCAAGAUUCUCAGAUGCCACGAUAGAGGAUAACUAUGGCACAGACAUAUGGACUUACGAAUUGGGACAAGGUGAGGAAGCAAAGGAAUUUUGGGAAACGGAGAAAGUGAACUAUAGUAUUUGGGUUGAUUUCAGUAGUUAUUAA